AUGGUUAUAUGUGGAGAAAACUAUCAUAGGAUCGGUUCAUUGUUGCCUCCUGAUGGUGAAAAACCUAAGUUUGCCCAGCUUUAUAUUUUUGAACCGGAGAAUGAAAUCGACAAUCGCUUGGCGAACUUCGCAUCACGUGAUGGUCUACUUAUGCUAGAGCUGCUCACUUCAUUGCUCCAAAUGCUGGAUCAACAUAAUCAACUCGUCAAAACCUUUAGGCGAGUUCGGCAGCAACUUCAGGAUUCUUCGACAACGAAUUUGAAGCUACGAAUAUUUGGAGCGAAAAGCAGGAAUCGGCAAUAUGAUUUGCCUAGCAGCACUGAGGUUGCAGCGCUUAUACCAGGUGAUUUCUUACCAGACAGAGAUGAUCGCGAUAUAAUAGUUGAUCAUGUCUAUGAGGGUUUGAAGAGGAUCACGAGUCUCAAUCCAAAAUCUGAUGCGUUACAUUUCCCUCUUUUAUUUCCAUAUGGAGAUGAUGGUUAUCAUCCACUAAUCAAAUACAGAUCGUUCAGAGAAGAUGGGCCACCAGAUUGGAUACAAAUUCCACCACUGUUCCUAAUUGAUCCCGGGGAUGACUCUGUCCAGUCAAUCGCAGAUGAUAUAUAUGAUUCGUUUCCCGACAGUCACAGGGAUCCAGCAUACCUAACCAGCAGAGCAAUAGUGACGCCAACGAAUGCGACAGUUUCUAGAAUCAACAACUAUAUGUUGCAAAGGGUACCAGGCAAUUCUAAAACAUAUUAUAGUUCAGAUUCAUUGCAGUUAUCAACAGAAACAGCGGAUUUGUUUGACGAAAGCUAUCCAACAGAGUUCUUCAACAUUCUCACAUUCAAUGGAGUUCCAGAACACGAGCUUACAUUAAAGGUAUGCACACCAGUUAUGCUCUUGCGCAACUUAAAUCCUGCCCUUGGUUUAUGCAACAGCACAAGGAUCAUGAUCACAACAUUAGGGGACAAUUUUAUAAAAGGCAACAUCAUGGGCGGUUCCUACGACACUGACGAAGUCAUUAUACCAAGAAUAGUACUCAAUGUAGAGAACUCCAAGUGGCCCUUCAUACUCAGGAGGAGGCAGUUCCCGGUACGCUUAUGUUACGCGAUGACUAUAGACAAAAGUCAAGGACAAACGCUUGAAAAGGUUGGGAUUUAUUUGCCUGAACCCGUAUUUAGCCACGGCCAGCUGUAUGUGGGAGUUUCAAGAGUAAAAUCAGCGAGAGGUUUGAGGAUUCUUAUACAAAACCCAACAGAAAUACCCUACGAUUUUACAAAGAACAUAGUCUUCACCGAGGCCUUUGCUGAUAUUAUGAACACCUAA